AUGGGUGCUAGUGCGAGAGGUCUACAGAUGAUCGAGAUCGUUUCGGUCUUGGUAGCUCUAUGUUUUGUUUGUGUGGUAUUGCGCGUGGUGGCGCGGUUACGUCGCAGAGUUGGCUUCGGUGUCGAUGAUUAUCUUAGCAUCGUGUCCAUGGUGCUGAUGCUGGCCAUGCUAGUGGAGUUGAUUUUAUGGUGUACAAUAGGUGGGAACGGUGCACAUGUCAAAACACUAGACGAGGAGACAAUCGAAAACUACUACAAGAUCUUCCUCGCCAACCAAUUCACAUACUUCGUCCUCUGCCCCUCAAUCAAAAUCUCCAUCAUCUGCUUCUAUCGCCGCGUCUUCACAACACCCAGAUUCCAACAAUAUACCUUUGCCCUCAACUGCCUCAUCGCCGCCUGGGGCACCGGAAUCUUCCUCGCCUGUGCCGGCCAAUGCCAACCCUUGAACGCGUAUUGGAACAAAUCCAUAGCCGGCCACUGCUUCAACGCCAACCUCUUCUUCAUCGUCAACCAAGCCUUCAACGUCCUAAUGGACUUUGUCAUCCUCGUCCUCCCCGUGCCAAUGAUCUGGAACCUCCACCGGGCAUGGCAAGAUAAGCUCGCCUUGAACGGUGUCUUUGCCAUCGGCGCAUUCGUCUGCUUCGCAAGCAUAUACCGGAUUGUCGUCCUAUUCUGGAUCAGCCCCGUGGACCCGACUUACACGGUCUACCAGGCUACCCUGUGGACACACAUUGAGCCCUCUGUCGGGUUGAUCUGCUCCUGUCUCCCCAUCGUGCGAGGACUGUUCCCUGCAUUCAAGUUGAAGAACCGAUCCAAUCGCAGCACAGCGCCUUACUAUAUUAAUACGGAUAUUACCAAUUCGCAUGCUUUGUCCAAGGCCAGUCCUCUCUCUCCUGACCCGGAGUACUUGAAGAUGCAGUCGGCUAUUUAUGCUGGGGGCCAGGAAACGAAUAUGAAGAGAAAUUGGCUAGGGGAUGAACUUGGGAUCCAAGUCCAGACCGAUAUUGCUAUUACCCCUGAUAAUGAUUCGACUACUGCUUUGAACUUGCCAUCGCAUAGCUGA